AUGCAGGAGGAUGUAGGCAUACGAAGGCUGCCGGUUCGACUUCUGACCACGGUGGAGCAAUGCAAGUCAGCGGCAGACAGACUCCUUCAGUCACAGCAACACAGCGUUGCCCUCGACUGCAAGGGAGCCAAGCUGGGAAGAUUUGGAAAGGUUUCCGUAUUGCAACUUGCAACUGAGGCUGAGGUUCUUCUUGUGGAUGUUGAGCGUAGUGGACAAGAAGUUCUCGCCCCACUGGAAGCCUUGCUAUUACAUACCGGCAUUGUGAAGGUUGUUCACGAUUGCCGUGAAAUUGCAUCCGUUCUAUUGAACCAAUAUGGAAUUCCUUUACAUGGUGUGUAUGAUAUCCAGGUGGCUUUUGCGGCUUGGCUCGAGAGGCAGGGGCUUGAUGCUUACCAGGCUGGCCUUGCGGAGGUAAUGCGCACCUUCCGUCUGAGUGCCUAUCAGCUCCACCGCUGGGAUCGCCUGGAGCGCCACAUUGCUCUGCCGCAGUGGCACGAACGGCCACUGCAAUCACAAGCGCUUCGACAUGCCGUUGAAUCAGUCGUCCACCUGCUGCCUUUACAAAGGAUACUGAACAGGGAGCUGGGGGAUCCAUCAGGAGCAUUGAUCCAACGACGAAGUGUGCACAACGUUGACUAUGCAAGACUCAACUCUGCACUGCUUCCUUUGGAAGGUGCAGCAUCCUUACGUACAGGCGUGAAACUGCAGGCUAUGCUUGCUUCACGAAAGCCGGACGUUGCUUAUUUCAAAAUCAAUCACGCGCCGAUCACUGGAGCGGUAGUGGAUGGAAACGACUUCAAGGACUUUGCAGAUCUCGAGAUUGGUGACAUUGCAGAUUGUGAAGUAAAAUCGGUGAGCCCUUGUCAGCAGUAUGUCUACCUGCUGAGGGAAGGCCACGGCAGCUUGAUGUUUGACCACCGAAGACUUAAAAUGGUGAACCUGGCUCCAAAGAGCAAGCUUGACGAGAUGAGGCCAAGUAGGCAGUCAAGCUUGUAUGGACAAGAGUCUUCUGGUGGCGGACCAAGCCUGAAGCUGGAGCCGCGCAGUUUCCGUGAGCCGAAGCCCUCCGUGAUUCGCAAAUCGCGAGGAUCAGUCAAGGUCAAGAAGACCGGCUUCAAGCCUCCAGCUCCUCAGCAACAGGCUUUUGAGUGA